AAAAUACAUCAGACAUGGGACCGGAUCCCCGCAGUGAAGCAUACAGAACGGAAAUAAAUAUAAGCAACUCAAACUCUGACAGCAAUGAGGACGAGACCAACCUUGAGAACAACAACGUGGAACUAACAAUACAACAAAACAUGGGUGAUCGCUAUGAUGGGAAACCGCUGCUAACGAGUGCAAUAACUUUCAAAAACCCAACUCCCCUAUCGAUGGAAUCGAUGAUACAAACACUAGCUUCUUCAGUAGAACUCGUACGCGAUUCACAAAGCAACAUCGAAUUUACGAAGAAACUAAAAAAAUUAGUGGAAGAUACAAAUCUGAAGGAAAACGAAGAACCAAAAAAAGUUACCGGUAACAUGGAUGGGAAAUGUGCAGAACCUCCUCAAGAGGAGGUUUUUGAGGAGAAUCCUCAAAAGGAGGUUUUAGAGGAGAAUCCUCAAGAGGAGGUUUUUGAGAAGAAUCCUCAAGAGGAGGAUUUUGAGAAGAAUCCUCAAGAAGAGGUUUUUGAGGAGAAUCCUCAAGAGGAGGUUUUUGAGGAGAAUCAUCAAAAUCCAAGGAUGCGGCCAGUGGCUUUUACAUCUCGAGCAAAUGAACAAGAUUCGGAAGAUUCUAGCGGUAUGAUGGAUGAAUUAAGCGACUCGUUCCAGCAAACGGUUGGAGCAACUCGUGACAAGAAAUUAGAGCUAAAAAAAUCAGGAAAUAAAAAAGCGGAGAUGAGGAAAACGAUAUCGGUGAAAGGGAAAAAAUGUACUUCCAUCGUAAACGUUACAAAACCGAAUUACUUGAAAACAGUUGAAUCAUCCAGACGGACUCGACAAAACACAACAAUCGAACUGAAUGCUUCAACAUCGCAAACCAAUCAAGAUUCUCAAUCUUCCAUCGAUACGGAGGACGAAAGAGAUUCAAUUCAGAAAACGGCAGAAACAAUACGUCAGAAGGAUGCGGAAAUAAAUAAAUUGAAGAAAGAGAACGUAAAGAUGAAAAAAAUGCUGGAAAAUGUAGCAAAAGUUUUUAAUAUAACAUUACCGGAAGAGAACAAAGAAAAUCAACAAUCUAGGGCAGUCAUUGAAAUCCCAGAGCCAAAAAAAGGAGAAAAUACGAUAACGAUGUUUGGACAUUCUUGGAUUAGUGAAAUCGUAAAUUCAUCAGCGACGUUUGCCAACAAUGUAAAUAACCGAAUCUCUGCAUUGUUGAGAGCUCUGUGGCCAGAUACAAAAACCAGAAUCAAACUGGUCAUGAAACAACGCAAAGGCAACAAAAAAGAUUCGAUCGUAAUUCCAGAAAAAACAUUCAAUGCUAUAAAAGAUAUGACCGAAUUACUCAACACCCGUAAAGUCCUAGAUAUGAGAGAUAUGAAAACUCUGCAAGAUUACAAGCGAGUUAUAUCGCGCCUCAUCAAGUGCCAACGUCAGCGAUACGCAGAACAGGCAAAAAAACCGAAAAAGACGACCACCAAAGAAAUAAGCUCCCCGUUACCAAUCGGAAAGAAAAAGUAAUAUCUAUAUACCUUAUCUAAUAAACAAGAAUGUCGUACCACUUGUGUGUCCACGUUCCCGUUACUGCAUUCUUUGUACUUCUUUUUUGCCGUCGUUAUUUAUAUAAAACUUUCCAUGAGUUGCAUUUUACAGUUAUUUCUUGAAAUUUUCCACCGAGGAAAAUUAAAUCAUCGUGAUAUGCCUCUCAAACAAUUAAUUACCCAAAAUAUUUACAAUAUAACAUUCAAUAUGAAAUCGUUACGUAUAUUGUAAAAGAAAUUUUUUACAAGUAGUUUAAGGUGAUUUAUCAGUUGUUCAGUAGAUGAAAACCCUGCUGCAUUGUUUAUUCCGGGUAGCUUGAUAUUUGAAAGAAACUAUGGGUUAUACACGCUAUUCUCAUUUUAUCAAAAAACAUUAUGACCGUACCAAAUAUUUAAGACUGACUUCUACAUUAAGUUUUAAAAGUGAAAUGAAAAUAUAAAAUAAUAUUUUGAGACUGACUCGUACGUUAAGUUUCAAAAAUCAAAUGGAAGUUUAAAAUAAUUAUGAAUGCAGCAUAGAGUUAGGCGAGAGUAAUGGUUAUUUUAUAUAAAGGUAAAGACACAAUACGGGUAACGUCUGUCUGCACGUCAAAACAUAAAACAAUCGCGACAAAACUGUUUAGUCCUGGAAACAUAGAAAUUACAUAUUUAUCGGUACAGAAUAAUAUAAAAUGUGUAAAUACACAUUGUAGUGAUUUCUCGUAAAAGUUAGAAUA